UUUUUCUCAUCACACAUGAGGGCAUUUCAAGAAACACCAUUGGUGAAACUCCGUUGAAAUCUCCGCUCCUUUUAUCUACUUUUAUUUUUUCUUACUUUACUCUCUUCAAUUUGCAGAAAAAUCCCUCUUCAUCGCAUUAUCAAUCUUCACUCUGGACCUAAAUGUGUGGCCUGGUGGUCAAUGAUGUGGGUUGAGAAGCAUGAGGUAUCAAUUUCAAAUCCCCGCAGAGACAAAAAAAAAAACUAGGUGAUUUCUUCGCAUUUGUUCUAUCCCUGCUUUGGUGGAUAGAGUUAUCUGGUCGCUGGUACAUGUUGCUGGUGGGAGGGUGACAAGUAUCUAGUAGAAUUUUUCGAGGUGCGCAAAGCUGACCCGGCCACCACAUUUAUUAAAAAAAAAAGAGUUCCUUGAGUUACUUGUACUGUUAGGUUCAGAGGUCCAAUUGUAUAUGAUGAAGGCAUGAAGCAUUUGAUGCUAUAUGGUUGAAGGUGUUUCCUGUUGAACUGUACACCAAUAUGACUGAUGGCCUAUUUCAUAAUGGAUUGAGAGUGUCAUUUUUUUUGAUGAUCAAGAAAUCCAUUGUUUCUGAGUGGAACUUGGAGGCAGUCUCCACUGAAUUUAAUUCGAUAACAUUGCACAAAGGAGUAUGUCGUAUAGUAAUCAAAUAACUGAUUCAGAAGCGGAACAAAGAAGCCAAGAUGUUCAACCGGAGCCUUAUGCUUUCUACAGGAGCUUAGCAACCUUUCCGCAGCCUAAUGUCCAUGCGAUAUUACCAGCUCCUGGAAAUGCUGGUAAUUUCUAUUUGCACCAUCCACAGUACCAUCAAGAAGGUGCAUUAGUUUAUGGAAAGUUGCAGUAUGACGGGGUUCAAUAUCAGCAUCCUGCCACCAAUCUUGACCCAGCCAUUGCUUCAUCGUCAAAUCACUAUAACCAUUACAUGGCUGCUCCAUCUGCUCCUAGAGAUUUCCCCAUUCCAGUAAACCACGGGCAACAUGAGCAGCUUCCAUUUGCAAGCACUCAAGGCAACCUUGGAGUUAAUGAAGGCAGUUAUGGAAGGAACAAUCCUUAUGUAGAUGGUGUUGGAGGCUCGUUUAAGAGAAAGAAUGCUGAAGGGAUCCCUGUGAACUUUCAGUAUCAACAUGCUUUGGUAGGCUCCAGCUUUCCUCUUGCCUCAAUGAAUGCUGCGUCCUUUGUACCACCUGAAUACAGAGGGAAUGGCUCAUUAUCAUUCACCGAGGAUGGAGCACCGAGAGGUAUGAACAAUCAUCAGCUUCAAGGGAACUAUGUCAGCCAAGCCUGUGAAUUUCCUGGCAAUUUUUGGUCCGGCUUGCAGUUCAACAGCAGUGCUAGGGAGAGUGAAACAUGGGCCUGGAAUCAUAGUGCUCGUCUACCUUAUUUACCUGGUGAUACUCAAGGCUGUGAAGAUGGUGGAAAUAUCAGCGUGCGAGGAUAUCAAGUAACAAACGGAAAUGGAGGUUUGACUAGUUUUAUAUAUCCAUCCAUUCCUCAAGGGCACCCAAACCUUCGUCAUCUACCACCACAUAUUCAAGGAGUGAGACCCCAAUUUAUCACUCUCCCUCCUCAGAUGACUGCUUCUUCACAGAGACACCUACCAAGUAGCUCGUUUGACAGCACUAUCAAUCCAUUUGCCCUUGUAGAGGCAGGGUCUAGAUAUAUUAGACCAUUCCCACCGACUGCCUUUAGAUUGUACAGACCUCAGCGAGGGGAAUUCAUGCUUGGAACAAAUACUAGACUUCACAACCUACCUAACAUGAGAGUUCUUCCAGAGGAUGGUGUGGCAAUGCUGGAUAUUCCUGGCUAUCAUGAAGUGCGUGAUUCUGUUGAUCAGCACAGGGAGAUGCGUAUGGACGUCGAUCACAUGUCUUAUGAGGAGCUUCUUGCAUUGGGAGAGCAGAUUGGCACUGCAAAAACUGGGUUAUCGGAGGAGGUUAUUGUUGGCCAUUUGAAAACAAGAUCAUUUUCAUCCGCGGAAAUUCCUUGCAAUUUGGAAAAUGCUGCAUGUUUAGAUCACAAGACUGAUUUUUGUGUCAUUUGCCAGUCUGAUUACAAGGACCAAGAGAACGUGGGAACUCUUGAUUGUGGGCAUGAAUAUCAUGCAGAGUGCGUAACAAAUUGGUUGAUUCUGAAGAACAAUUGUCCCAUAUGCAAGUCCACAGCAUUGUGCGCUGAAGCAAAGGAUUCCUGAAAAUAGGCGAUAUAUGAUCACCUGAAUGAAUUAAAGAGCAAACAUUCUGAAUCUGUUGCUAAAUAUUUAUUCUCCGAUGAGUAGGAAACGUUACUGAAACUGUACAAAUGUACUGUAUUUUUGUAUAUAUAUUCGGCAUGAUAUGACUGACUGUCAACAUGUCCAAAAAACAACCUAUUGACCUUAUCUAUGUCAUGUGAAGUUGUACAGAAACUUGUAGAUUUUUUUGGUCUGUCUCCUGUAGUUGUACUUACUACAGACCUCCUAAUGGGCAUUUUAUCCCCUUUCAGACAAUUACUCUUUGGUUAU